AUGGCGCAGUUCCUAAUGGAGCAGAUCCGGUACAUGCACGAAGAAAUCGAGAUGAUGGAGAAGGCAAUAGCAGAUCUGAUCGAAGAGAAGGUAAGGAGGAAGAAGAAAAAGAGGAGGAGAAGCAUUCGGUAUGACUACUCCAUCAGUUAUCUAGUGGAGAAAAUUCAGACAAAGUCAAGGCUCCUCCUGCAGUAUUACAAAGAUGAGGACAACUUGAAGAAGGAGGAAAUGUUGUUCAUUUCGGGGAGGGCGAACGAAGCGGCAGAGAAAGGGAAAGGGAAAGGGGAAGGGAAAGAGGAAGGCGAAAAUGAAGAAGGCGAAAAUGAAGAAGGCGAAGGGGAAGGCGAAAAUGACGAGGAAGGCAACGACUUGUGGAAGAACUACUACGAACGAGUUAAGUACAUCCGAGACUACCACAAAAAAACGAACAUAAAAAAAAUCGAAAUUAGAAACUACAAAGCGUACAAGUAUGAAGCUCUGAAGAACAAUAACCUGAAGGAGUGCUUCUCCCCGGUGGAGAGAAAAGGCAAAUACGUAGAUAUGCAUAAGUUUUACGACGAUUUUGUAAAUAUAAAAAAGGUUAAGCAUUUUAGGAUGAGUGUAUAUCGAAAGAAGGAAAUGGCUAGCCAAAAGAAAAGAAGCAGUACAGAGAAGGAAAAGGGAAAAAAUUCCUCAAAAGAGGGAGGAAGAAACAACGAAGGGGAAUUCAAAGAAAUGGAUUUAGUAACGUAUCUUCAUAACUUCACUCGCUUCUAUUACAUCCCAAGGUAUUGCAAAUAUCGAAAUGAAGAAUAUAAAAAAUAUGUACAAAAUGUUUUGGCCUAUUUGGUGAACUUCUUCUCAAAGGUAAAUGUCCUGGUGGAUUGUCAAAAAAUGCACACACAAUAUGAACAGAAUUUUGAAAAUAAAUUUAAAGAGAAGGAGAUUAAGCAGUGGGAAAAAUACACAUACGAUUUGGACCUAUACUGUAACGUUAAUGAUAAGCUAUACGCAUCAGAGGGUACAUUCAACUCGUAUAAAAAUAGCAAACACUACGAUGAGGACUUGAAAAAAUACAUGAAGAAAGCACACACCGUGGAGGAAAUUGAAGAUUUCAAGAGACAGAUCGAAAGGGAAGAUAAAGAGCUAGCCAAAUGUGAAUAUCUCAUCGAGUUAUAUAAAAAUGUUUUAAAUAAAAUAUUCCAGAAGACGAUUCAGAAGAUACAGAGGAAGCAGGCAUUCAGUGUAGAUGAAUUACAAAAAAAAAUGGAAUCGGAGAAAAGAAAUAAAAAUUUUUUAAGUUUACGUGAUCGUGCUGGAUUGUACAACACGGAAGAAUAUGAUGAGAGAAAUGACUUUCCUCAUAUGUACAAUUCGCACACUUUUGGUCCUUCCUCUGAGGAUGAUGACUUCUCCACAGAUGACUCCGACGGGGAUAGUAUAAACGGAUCAGGUGGAGCGGAUGGAGCGGAUGAAGCGGAUGAAGAAGACGAGGCAGAUGAGGAGGACGAAGAUGAGGAUGAGAAACCCAUUUAUAACCCCUUGAAUCUGCCACUAGGACAUGACAAUAAGCCCAUACCUUACUGGCUUUACAAGUUGCACGGUCUGUCUAAGGAGUAUACAUGCGAAAUUUGCGGUAACUAUUCCUACUUUGGCAGAGCCCAGUUUGAGAAACACUUCUACGAGUGGAGGCACUCCUUCGGCAUGAAAUGCCUGAACAUCCCCAACACGCUGCACUUUAAGGAGAUCACCAAGAUAGACGACGCGCUCAACCUGUACGAGCGCCUGAAGAAGCAGACGCAGAUGCACGUCUUCAAGCCAGACCAGGAGGUCGAGUGCGAGGACUCCAAGGGGAACGUCAUGAAUAUGAAGGCCUACGACGAUUUGAAGCGCCAGGGGCUGCUCUAG